AUGAAUCCGCUCCGGAUUCUACUGCCGAUCAUUCUUGUCGCGGUGGGACUUCCGCUCGGAAUCCUGGCCCAAGAAUGCCACACCACUGAAUCAGGCUCCAGCCAAAACUCUGGCAAUAACGCCCUGACUGUGAACAGCCAAGAUGAUUUGAAGUCAUUUUCUGAUGGCUGCACCACCCUGGUCGGCGAUAUUCUGAUAUCGUCGACCUACCGUGGCCGAUUCGUUCUGGAUGGCGUUGCGAAUGUUACUGGCCAGAUCUCCAUGGGCUCUAGUAAUUACUCCAAGCGUGUGACUUCUUUUAGGCUGCCGGAUGCGAAAUCUAUCGGCAGCGUAGUGCUUCACGCGGUUCCCGACGUGCAGCUACCAAAGGUCCAGAGGGCGGACCGAGUGACAUUGACGACGUCUUCCAGCAAGAGUACAGCGGAUUUGGGAAACCUUGUUAACGCCGGUUCGGUUCACAUUCAGGGUCCCUGGAAGAGCGUGGACCUACGGUCAUUGGCGAACGUAACAUCGAGCCUCUACCUCUGCAGCAAAGCCGGGUGCCAAAUUAGGCUGCCGGAUGGAAGCCCAACAAUUGACGUUGAUCUCCCUGCUCUGGAAUCUGCACGUUACAUCAGUGUCAACGGCAGUCUUUCAAACUUUUCAAUACCUCAGUUACACACCGUAGGCGUGGAAAACCAGACUACGGGUCACAAGAGUGGACUUGGUCUACACCUUUAUGGAUCCGAUUCCUUGAAGGUCAAUUUAACCACACUGCAUACAUUAUACGGCCAUCUCAAUGUCUCUGGCGAAGUGUCCUGGCUAAACAUCUCCCCCGUCGCAAACACCAAUGCCCCAAUCUAUAUUGAGACCGGCGCGGACUCAGAAAUCUACUCCACCCUCCAAGAAGGAUCAACCAUAGACGUCCACGGCAACGUCAAACUAGUCGACCUCCCCUACAUCAAGAACGUCGACAGAAUAAACAUCACCUCAAACUACAACCCGCCCUGCACACCCGCCCUCCACGACCUCUUCGACUCCAAAGCAAAAUCCAAAUCCGACAUCCCGUCCUUCUGCGGCGGCCCCAGCACCCGCAAACCGGGUACUACUGUCCCCAACUGGCCCGACCCCUACAGCUCCAAGCACAAGAGCCGCUUGUCAGGCGGAGCCAUAGCUGGGAUCGUAGUCGGUUGUGUAUGCGGUGUUGCACUGCUGGCGGGUGCCGUUUUCUGGUGGCUCAAGAAGAAAAACAAGAUAGGCGCUGGGGCUAAGGCGGGGGAUCCGACAGAUUCUUCUGUGGGUGAUGCUACGCCUCCGUAUAGGGAAGAGCAGCCUAUACCUUUGGUUAAGCGGUGA